GGUUCGUAAGUGUGGCGUUGAUACGASCGGAUGACAUUAUCGCAGGGCAUUCUUUCUUAAUUUUUAACCACAUUUUUKAUAAAAAGAAUUAAUAGUCAUGGGAAAAAAUAAAGGAGGGAGUGGAGCAGGUAAAGGGGGUGGUGGCGGCGAUAACAGUGGAGGUGGUGGCGGUGGUGGAAAUAAAAAAGGUGGUGGCAGUGGCGAUAAGAGUGGGAACAAAAAUAAGGGUGGUGGGGUUGCAGAAAAAGCUGGUGGGAAAAAGGGGCAAGAACAGAAGGUUGGCGGAAGUGGAGUAGGAAAAAAAGGAAACAAGAAGUAACCAAGAAAGAUUAGGUGUUCACUUCCUCAAUUUAUUUGUAUAUUAAAAACUAUAUUGUAUAAAAAACAGUUUUUGCCAGUAAAAUUAAUAAAAGUUAAUAAAAGUUUAAAGUUUAUUUUUUUUUAUUUGAAAUAUAAUUGUUGUUAUAAUUAUUGUUUAAUGGGAAACAUUUAUUAAGCUCUUACAAAAGAUAAUAAUAAGUAUUUUUCUUAYUCGUGUAAAAAUAUCUACCAUGUCAGUAAUAACGAAUUUCAAGAACUGGUUGAGUUCCAAUAGACAGCAAUGCAAAUGCAUUGCAUAUUUAAGAAAUAAAUUCACAAGAAAGUCUUUUUUUACCCUAAAAACCUUAUCCCCAAUCAAGAUUCUUUUGCUUUUCAUUUAUGAUAUUCUGCACCACUAUUUUUUUCAUUGUUACUCAUUGYUAAUAGAAAAAAUUAAA